AUGCCUACUCAAAGUCAUGGCAAACGCCGAACUGUGAACGAACCUGCAGAGAAGCCCGCAAAACGGACACGCGUCUCCCGGGCAUGUGAUCAAUGCCGUACUGCAAGAGAAAAGUGUGAUGGGUCACAGCCUAUAUGUUCCACAUGCUCCGCAUCAAAGAGAAAGUGUACGUAUACGGCGAAUCCCAAGAAGAGAGGUAUCCAGCCAGGCUACAUUCGCAGCCUCGAGCUGGCGCUUGUGUGGCUAUUCCAGCAGGAUCCCAAUAAUGAGGCGAUAUUGAAUGAUAAACUUGUACAAGAAGGCGCCUCCUCACUCUUCUUGAGUCGCGAUUCGAAAGAGGCUACGAGGCUGCACAAGCGGUGGCGCAAGGCGCGAUUCUACACCGACGUUGACAAGCUUCUCUCGGGAGGAGAGCCUUCACGCCAUGAACAUCAUGAUCAGAACUCGCCUUCUUCCGAUGAUGAGGACUCUGAACCAGACCAAUCACAAUCAGCUCCUAUUGGAAGAGAUUCCGAACCCGCACAAACCGAUCUGGCAGCACGAGAACGCUAUAUGCGAUUGGACUUUGAGCGACAUCCACAAGUGGCUUACAAUGAUUUUGUGAUGAUGCCAUCAGACAGUUGGGCUCUUUUCGAUACUUACUUUACCUAUACUCAGGCGUGGCUCCCUAUAUGCGAGAAACACGAUAUUUUGAAGUUGUCUUAUUCAUACCCGCAGGAAGGAAUAUCGCUAGCCACCGGCCACGCGGAAUCCGGUUCGCUUGCAGAGCUGUGGAGCAUAUUGGCCGUAGCCUCAUUGUAUAACGCGAGUUCAGCUGUCCCAUCUUCGCCAUCGAGACAAUCUUCAGGAAGACCGACGCAGCUAUACAACAUUGCGAGAUUAUGGAUUCCCACGGAACUGGGUCAUUUUGAUAUUGGCCAUGUCAGGGCUUUACUGAAUCUUGCUUUAUACAAUAUUAUGCUGUCUCGUUCACAGUCAGCUUGGCUGCUAGUUGGCCAUGCGUCACGACUGCUGGAAUCGGGAGACUCGUCAAAUUUCAUGGCUAGCUCUCGACGAAAGCAUGCUAUCUCUGGAUGUUUUCUGCUGGAUAGCCUGCUUGCGACACAACUGAAUAGGCGACCACACUUCCAGAUAGGGUAUUUAAGACACCUCGGCGCCAUAGAUGAGGACGGCUUGGAGGAAUGGCAGCCUUGGUACGGCCAUUCUUCACGACUAGAACAGAUGCGAAUGCCUAUGCUGGCUAUAAGCUCCUUCAACAGUCUCCUGGACCUGGUUGAUAUACUUGCGAGUAUCGAAAAAGAGCCUGUCGCAGAUGACUGUGGAAGAUCCAUCGAUGAUCGAAUUAAGAACUGGGAAAUGACUUUACCGCCGAAACUUGGCUACAUACGUUCAGAUAUCGCGUUAGCCGGACUAUGUCCCCCCGCUACUCUCCUCCAACUCACGUACUACUGCAUAUUAUUCACAUCCAAUCCUUCGGCGCAAGGACUUCAACGUGUGUUGCAAUUAUUGGAACGAUAUAAGAAGCUCGUCGGGUUCACAUCUUUACCACCAGUUAUACAAUGUCUGUUAGAAUUUGUCAACAGAAAGACUGACCAUCAUAUGGUGGGCGAGUCGACUCUAGUACGAUUUCGAGAGCUCCAAGGUGAAUUGGCUACCGUGUGGUCAUGUCACGCAAGUGGCAACCCGCCACAAGACAGCAGUCCUGCGAAUCCAAGCUGGCGGGGUAGCGUGGACGGUGCAGAGGGCUUAGGGAUUGAGCCGCAAUCGAUGCCCCUACCAAUCAUACAGCCAAACCAUCAAAUCAGUAUAACGGGCAACGUAUCAACUGGUUAUGAGGCGCUCCAUCCAACCGCUCAGACAGCGUCGGGCGCUCAACUCGCAGUAACCAGCCCAGCAGCCCCAGAUCCACGCUAUCCUGAACUCAAUAGCGAUCUUGAGUACUUCUUCGACGAGUUGGCCUCCUUGGAUAGUACGACCCGAAUAGACACACAGCCACAGUUCAUGCAAAACCUAGGGUUUGCGCCCAAUUCAAGCAUGGCUGACUUGUUCAGCGAGUACAUUCCGACACAGUCGACCGCUUUCGUGGCGCAAGAAGACCUACCGGUUCCCGAUUUUGAUCAUUACAAUUUCUACAAAGGCUGA